CUUGGAAACUGACUGUUGUGAGUAGUGAAACAGGUUGGUUGGGGUCUCGAUUAUAAUAAGUAACCAGAAGUAAUGUUAAAUGUACAACCUCCUGUAAUAAAAAAUUGUAAAACGCUUCUUUCAAAAUACCAGCAUACUAGCUGCCGUCACUAGGCUACUAAUAGCUGCUUGGCAACAGCCUCACAUUCAUUGGUCUCCUCGUUCAGGUGGGCCUACUUGGCGGCGUCUUGUGAAAUGUAUGGCGCUCCAUUGGAUUUAUCCUUCAGGUGUAUCAAGUCAUUAUCUGAUACCCUGACUGAGGAACCCGGCAGGGGGCAGCGACCUUUAAAAAGAAACCAUGAAAAUAAAUAUGUGAGUCGUUCCCUACGUCUCAAUAACAACAUCAUCACGGAUCUGAGUGGACUCCACGCGGCCAUCACCCAUUUCCUGGCUGAGCCGCUGCAGCUUGCUUGGCUGGACCUCUCAUUCAAUGACAUCGGCCACAUAGACCCAGUGUUGUGUGAACUUGGAGAACUGCGUGUGUUGUACCUCCAUGGAAACAGCAUCUGUAACUCGUCAGAGGUGGACAGAUUGGUCAAGUUGCCCUUUCUACACACCAUCACACUCCAUGGAAAUUUAAUCGAGGGCGAUAAAGGCUACAGGUGUCGGGUGAUCUCAGCCCUGGCCAAGUUGAAGAUGAUGGACUUUAGUGCUGUGACACCUCAAGAUCGAAGCAUGGCAAAUAUCUGGUUCCAACGCAACAGCUGUGGCAAAUGUAAAAUAAAGGACGUCAAAUGACCGAAGCUGUAUGGAACUACAAUGAAACCCGAUGUGAAAAGUAAUUAAUACAGUUCAUUCAUCAAACAUUUCCAUUACAGUAAAUAUUUACCUUAAUAUAGUGAACCCUGCCUACUCUGGUAAAGUAGCAAUUCAUGAAACUUUUAAUAUUGUUUAAACAAUUCAAUCAUUAUGUACAACAUGUCAUAAAAAAGUAUGAUCAAUCCGUAACCAAAAAUGUUGGUUUUAUGAUGACACAUUUUAUCUUUAAUGCAUUAAAUAAACAAACAUUAAACGGGGGAAUCCAUAGAAAAAAUUAAUGCAAGCCUUAUCAAGGGAGUAUAACACAAUAUGAUUUUAAAAAAUGACAGAAUGCAGAGAGCACUUAAAAAAAAGUUUGUGUUAUUUAAUUCUGGUUAAAAAAAUAAACAAAUUAUCCCUUUAGAGACCCAA